AUGGCCUCACCACUACAAAGUUUGGACCAAAACAUCUUCUCUUCCGUCCAAAAUUUGGUUACAUGUGGUAACAAGGUUCCUAAUUCCAUCCCCUCUCAGUAUGCUUAUUUCCAAAACCCUACUGAUUCUACUGCACUGCCCGGUGAUAACAUCCCCGUUAUCGAUUACUCUCUCCUGAUCUCUGAGGACCAUGAUCAGCAAACCAAAGUUGUGUGUGAGCUCGGUAAAGCAUGUAGGGAUUGGGGUUUCUUCAUGGUGAAAAAUCAUGGCAUACCAGAGGAACUAUAUGAAGCUAUGUUUCAGAAGUGUGAAGAGUUUAACUUAAUGUCGGAGGAUGAAAAACAAGAGUUUAAAAUGAAGAAGGAUGUCAUGGACCGGAUUAAGUUCGCGUUACAGAGAUUUGAUGGAAGAACACAAUCUAUGAUGGGUUUUGAACUAUGUGAGACAUUGCUGGAAGUUAGUACGAAACAAAGAGAAGUGAUGAAGAACUUGCUAAGAGGAGUUUCAAAGAGCUUAGAAGUUGAAGAAUCGUAUUUAUAUAACCUUGCAGAUAUGGAUAUGGGGAUGGACUUCUUUGCGAUGAACAUAUACCCACCAUGUCCACAACCUGAACUUGCUGUAGGUUUAUCUCCGCAUACUGAUUUCGGGCUCUUGAUUAUACUCGCUUCAAAUGAAGUCGCUGGCCUUCAGAUACAGCAGAAUGGGGUGUGGUUUAAUGUUGAUGUUCAUCCAAACUACUUGAUGGUUAACCUUGGAGAUCAUAUGGAAAUAUUGACAAAUGGGAAGUACAAGAGUGCUGUACACAGGGCAACGGUGAACAGCAAGACUACCAGAAUAUCAAUGGUUACUUUAUAUGGAGCAGAGGUGAAUAAGCUUGUGGUUCCGGCACCAGAGUUUGUGGACGAUAAUAAUCCACCAGCUUAUCGGGGAAUGAAAUACGGAGAUUAUUUCAUUGCCGACCAAACUAGCACUACAAAGGGAGUAACAAGUUUGGAUUUGGUUAGGAUCUGA